GAUUUCACAGCUGGUUCAAGCAGCUCCUAUCAGCCAUCAAACAGCCUUCCAAAUAUCAUACGCUGAAGAUAGCCAGUCGGCUAUAUGGAUCAAAGGUUUAUCAUUUCCUGGAGGUGAGAUCACGAAUUUCUUUCGUGCUAACUCCAUUGACCGAUCAACUGCCAUGAUCUUAUUAAGUACUAUCUUUUUCCAAGGAAAGUGGAAGAUGCCAUUUAAUCCAAAAGAUACACAAAGAGGAAUCUUUUGGACUUGCAAGGAUCAGAGCAUGUAUGUGGAUAUGAUGACUCAAAGGGGCAGAUUUAACAUAGCCAAUAUAUUGAACCCACCAAUGACAGUGGUGGAGAUGCUUUAUGAGAAUGAAGAGGUGUCUUUCGUCGUUCUUCUACCAGAUAACAACGUAUCUACAGAUGAGAUUAUAAUGAAUCUCACUUAUGAACAACUUCAAGAAUGGACCAAUCCAGAAAAUAUGAAAAGCGUACCAAUUAAAUUUUCCAUGCCAAAGUUCACAGUGCAAAAUCAAUAUCCACUGAAAGGUCCGUUUUCAGACAUGGGGGUGAAGAAUCUGUUUAUUCCAGGCAAAGCCGAUUUAUCUGGCAUGACUGGGAAUAAUCAGUUAGUUGUGUCUCAGGUUUAUCAGGCAAUUGUAUUUACUGUCAGUGAAGAAGGGUCAGAUGCAGCUGGAGCCUCUCGUACAGAG